CCCGAGGCCAAACUUCCAGCUGCUGCAGCGGUCCGAUUGACUUCUGGCCCAGCGCUUGCCCAUCUCCAAAGCGGUUACCCAAGCCGGGUGCCCGCCGAGCUUGGCUUUGGUCGGACCCGUCCGGUUGCGCACGUUCUAGAAGUGCACCCUUGGAAAACACGGGCACCGAGCUUCAGUCUGCAAAGUGCACAUCCGCCUCCCCAUGCACCUGCCCGGCUGCGCGCCAGCCAUGGCCGAUGGGAGCUUCUCUCUCGCUGGCCACCUGCUCCGUAGCCCGGGCGGGAGUACCUCGCGCUUGCACAGCAUCGAGGCCAUCCUGGGCUUUACCAAGGAUGACGGGAUCCUAGACCCAUUUCCUGCAGAGAGGGGUUCCAGGGGCGCCAAGGAGCGGGAUCCCAGGCUGAGCGCGCGGCCCGCCUGCCCCAAGGCGCCAGCCGGAGGCUCUGAGUCUUCCCCACCGCCAGCCCCUGGGCUGGUCCCGGAGUACGAAGCUUCUCGCCCCUGCUACCCCAAGGAACAGCGAGAGGCACGGCCAAGCCCAGGACUGCCGGUUGGGCCAGCAGCAGGCGACUCGAAGCUUCCAGAGGAGGAACCUCCCAAGAAGAAGCACCGCCGUAACCGCACAACGUUCACCACGUACCAACUGCACGAGCUGGAGCGCGCCUUCGAGAAAUCCCACUACCCGGACGUGUACAGCCGCGAGGAACUGGCCGGCAAGGUUAACCUACCCGAGGUUCGGGUCCAGGUGUGGUUCCAGAACCGACGGGCUAAGUGGAGGCGGCAGGAGAAACUGGAAGUGUCGUCCAUGAAGCUGCAGGACUCGCCCCUCCUCUCCUUCAGCCGCUCCCCGCCUUCCUCUGCUCUGGCCCCGCUGGGGACCGGCCCGGGCAGCGGUAGCGGACCACCGGGGAGCGCCCUGCCGCUGGAGCCGUGGCUCGGGCCGCCGCUGCCCGGGGGAGGCGCCACAGCGCUGCAGAGCCUGCCGGGCUUCGGGCCCCCGGCGCAGGGCCUCCCGGCCAGCUACACGCCACCACCUCCCUUUCUGAACUCGGCGCCCCUGGGCCCGGGUCUGCAGCAGCUCGGGCCGCCGCCCGCGUACCCGUGCGCGCCUGGAUUCGGGGACAAGUUCUCGCUGGAAGAGGCGUACCCUCGCAACAGCAGCAUCGCCGCGCUGCGCCUGAAGGCCAAAGAGCACAUCCAGGCCAUCGGGAAGCCCUGGCAAGCCCUCUAGAGGCGCUGCGGAGCGUGCUGCGAGCCCGGAGCACCCAGCCCGGUGGCCUCUCUCUCUCAAGUGCCAGCCUUGGGCAGGGACACUCGCGCCUUCUCCAGGCGCUCCAAGAAAGGCCAACGGAACCCCAACCGGGCUACCAGAGAGACGAGUUGCGGGUCCCACUGACCACACUGCUCCUAGCUGCUCCCGUGAGCAUCAGCGCCUAUCCCCGGGAGGGACCAAGGAUCUUGACCUGGGAUGUUAUCGACGGAAAAGAAAGGGGAGUCAGAAAAAUAGAGUUGAAGAAACUGUUUGUAAACUUAGUUUAAAGUAUUUUGGAGGAAAAUUAAAGAUUGGUUUAUUGCUCGGCUAAGCGUGCUCACCGACUACAGCGUGAGGGGUAAGGUAGGGAUCUGGGGGACGAUACUGUCUUGGACCUGGCGGACCCGAGAGUGGGGGAUGGAGGACAGGGGAACAAGUGCAAAUUCUGAGAACACCACUGCAAGGGGGAAUCGCCUUUCCAGGCUGUGUGAGGUCAGCGGCCUAAAGUUCAGCUGCCUGGGUCUCCACUUAUUUGUUAAUAGCCAGCGGCCCUUGCUACUUUGACCCAGUAGGAAGCAGGUACACCACCUUCUAAGGUGGGACCAGAGCACCCCCAAACUCCUUCCCUUUUAGGUGGCCUUGGCCUCAGACUCUCUCAGAUCACCGGCCUGGUGCCAGCCCUCACCCAAAGUGGUAGUAUUAAUUCGCGAAGAUUUGCGCAAAGAAUUUUUCCU